AUGAAGACCUUUAUCCCUGCCGUCUCUGCCAUCGCAGCCCUCACUGCCAUGGUCGAUUUCUGCCCUGCUCCUCCCGCAGCCGUCCUCGAGCCCAUCCUGAUGGGUGUCCUGGGCUCAACCUGGGGAGGAGUCACUGGCGGUGUCAUCAACAAAAUCCACAACGAGAGUAAGCGUGACUUUGUCAAAUACACCAUUCGCGCUGACGACCCCUUCGCCAACCUCCCCCAACCCGCCGGAAACCAGUGCAAGGAACAAUUGCACGGCGUGACUGUCAAAUUCUCGCCCAGUGGAAAGGGGGCGUUCCGCAUUGACAACGUCCCCUCUUCCUGCAUGACUCUGUCGAAUGUUAUUCUCGGGGACGGAACGGAUCCGAACCAGCCGCGUCCUACGCCUCUUGGCUCUGACGCUUUGAGCUACAAUGGGGUUUCGGAUGAUGAUUUGAAUCGUCUUCAGGCUAUUUUUGAUGGUAAUUAGAUAUUAUAUGGAUAGGGGAUUGGAUGUUGUACGUAUGGGGUCUGUGAGGUGGAUGUAUUGGUAGUGCUUAGUUAGCUUCCGG